AUCCUUUCCCGAAUGCACGCUUUGCAGCUUGAGACUGCACCAGCAGACUUUCGUUUCCCUACUACCAACCAAACUAGACACUGCUUCACCAGAUAUAUUGAGUAUCAUCGGUGCAUUGCAGCAAAAGGUGAAGAAGCACCCGAGUGUGACAAAUUUGCUAAGUAUUAUCGCUCUCUUUGCCCCGGUGAAUGGGUGGAUAGAUGGAAUGAGCAAAGGGAAAAUGGCACUUUUCCAGGCCCUCUGUAAUUGAUGCCCCACAAAACUGUCAAACAUUCUCAAAUCUGUUUGAUGCAAGGAGAGUUUCUUAUUCUUGAAAGGUCUGAGUAAUAAGAGAAUUUGGCUUGUUCUUGUGAGCACAUGAAGCUCCAACUCGUAAUGAGGUGUGACCUCUUUGAAUUUUUGUCUAAUGUAUCUUUCAUCUGAUUACAACUAUAAGUAUACCCAAUUUCAGUA